UUCUCCAACGAUGAUUGAGUCCAUUAAGCAACGAUUUAGGCGGAUUUAUUCCGGGUCAAUUUUUGGCAGAUUUCAAAGGGGUGCCAUCACAGAUUUAGGGCGAUUUAUUCGAAAUGCCAUUUUCUUUCGAUUCUGGAGGCUACAGAUCACGGAAUCAGGCCGAGGUUAUUCUCCACUGAUAAUGAAGCCUAUUGAUCCUAUUCUCCACGGAUGAUAAGUCCGUUAAGCAUCGAUUUGGGCCAAUUUAUUUUCGGAUGGCAUUUUCGUAAUUUCUUGGGCUACGAAAGGCCAUUUUCUUUGGAUAUUGAAGGCUACAGAUCACGGAUUCGGCCUGAGGAUAUUCUCCAAAGAUGAUUGAGUCCAUUAAGCACCGAUUUGGGCGGAUUUAUUCUGGGUCACUUUUUGGCAGAUUCCAAAGGUGUACGUACCAUCACAGAUUUCGGGCGAUUUAUCCGAAAUGCCAUUUUCAUUCGAUUUUGGAGGAGACAGAUCACGGAAUCAUGACGAGGCUAUUCUCCACCGAUAAUGAUGUCUAUUGAUCCUAUUCUCCACGGAUGAUAAGUCCGUUAAGCACCGAUUUGGGCCAAUUUAUUUUCGGAUGGCAUUUUCGUAAUUUCUUGAUCGACGAAAGGUCAUUUUCUUUGGAUUAUGAAGGCUACAGAUCACGGAUUCGGCCUGAGGCUGUUCUACCACGAUGAUUAAGUCCAUUAAGCACCGAUUUGGGCGGAUUUAUUCCGGGUCAAUUUUUGGCAGAUUCCAAAGGGGUGCCAUCACAGAUUUCGGGCGAUUUAUCCAAAAUGCCAUUUUCUUUCGAUUCUGGAUGCUACAGAUCACGGAAUCAGGGCGAGGCUAUUCUCCACCGAUAAUGAAGUCUAUUGAUCCUAUUCUCCUCGGAUGAUAAUUCCGUUAAGCAUCGAUUUGGGCCAAUUUAUUUUCGGAAGGCAUUUUCGUAAUUUCUUGGGCGACGAAAGGCCAUUUUCAUUGGAUAUUGAAGGUUACAGAUCACGGAUUAGGCCUGAGACUAUUCUCCAACGUUGAUUGAGUCCAUUAAGCACCGAUUUGGGUGGAUAUAUUCCGGGUCAAUUUUUGGCAGAUUCCAUAGGGGUACCAUCACAGAUUUCGUGCGAUUUAUCCGAAAUGCCAUUUUCUUUCGAUUCUGGAUGCUACAGAUCACGGAAUCAGGGCGAGGCUAUUCUCCACCGAUAAUGAAGUCUAUUGAUCCUAUUCUCCUCGGAUGAUAAUUCCGUUAAGCAUCGAUUUGGGCCAAUUUAUUUUCGGAUGGCAUUUUCGUAAUUUCUUAGGCUACGAAAGGCCAUUUUCUUUGGAUGUUGAAGGCUACAGAUCACGGAUUCGGCCUGAGGAUAUUCUCUAAAGAUGAUUGAGUCCAUUAAGCACCGAUUUGGGCGGAUUUAUUCUGGGUUACUUUUUGGCAGAUUCCAAAGGGGUACCAUCACAAAUUUCCAGCGAUUUAUCCAAAAUGCUAUUUUCUUUCGAUUCGGGAGGCUACAGAUCAUGGAAUCAGGCCGAGGCUAUUCUCCACCGAUAAUGAAGUCUAUUGAUCCUAUUCUCCACGGAUGAUAAGUCCGUUAAGCAUCGAUUUGGGCCAAUUUAUUUUCAGAUGUCAUUUUCGUAAUUUCUUGGGCGACGAAAGGCCAUUUUCAUUGGAUAUUGAAGGCUACAUGUCACGGAUUCGGCCUGAGGCUGUUCUCCAACGAUGAUUGAGUCCAUUAAGCACCGAUUUGGGUGGAUAUAUUCCGGGUCAAUUUUUGGCAGAUUCCAUAGGGGUACCAUCACAGAUUUCGGGCGAUUUAUCCGAAAUGCCAUUUUCUUUCGAUUCUGGAUGCUACAGAUCACGGAAUCAGGGCGAGGCUAUUCUCCACCGAUAAUGAAGUCUAUUGAUCCUAUUCUCCUCGGAUGAUAAGUCCGUUAAGCAUCGAUUUGGGCCAAUUUAUUUUCGGAUGGCAUUUUCGUAAUUUCUUGGGCUAUGAAAGGCCAUUUUCUUUGGAUAUUGAAGGCUACAGAUCACUGAUUCGGCCUGAGGAUAUUCUCAAAGAUGAUUGAGUCCAUUAAGCACCGAUUUGGGCGGAUUUAUUCCUGGUCACUUUUUGGCAGAUUCCAAAGGGGUUACCAUCACAGAUUUCGGGCGAUUUAUCCGAAAUGCCAUUUUCUUUUGAUUGUGGAGGCUACAGAUAACGGAAUCAGGCCGAGGCUAUUCUCCACCGAUAAUGAAUUCUAUUGAUCCUAUUCUCCACGGAUGAUAAGUCCGUUAAGCAUCGAAAUGGGCCAAUUUAUUUUCGGAUGGAAUUUUCAUAAUUUCUUGGGCGACGAAAGGCCACUUUCUUUGGAUAUUGAAGGCUACAGAUCACGGAUUCGGCCUGAGGCUAUUCUCCAACGAUUAUUUAGUUCAUUAAGCACCGAUUUGGGCGCAUUUAUUCCGGGUCAAUUUUUGGCAGAUUCCAAAGGGGUACCAUCACAAAUUUCCAGCGAUUUAUCCGAAAUGCUAUUUUCUUUUGAUUCUGGAGGCUACAGAUCACAAAAUCAGACUGAGGCUAUUCUCCUCCGAUAAUGAAGUCUAUUGAUCCUAUUUUCCACGGAUGAUAAGUCUGUGAAGCAUCGAUUGGGGCCAAUUUAUUUUCGAAUGGAAUUUUCGUAAUUUCUUGGGCGCUGAAAGGCCAUUUUCAUUGGAUAUUGAAGGCUACAGAUCACGGAUUCGGCAUGAGGCUAUUCUCCAACGAUGAUUGAGUCCAUUAAGCAUCGAUUUGGGCGGAUUUAUUUUGGGUCCAUUUUUGGCAGAUUCCAAAGGGGUACCAUCACAUAUUUCCGGCGAUUUAUCCGAAAUGCUAUUUUCUUUUGAUUCUGGAGGCUACAGAUCACGAAUCAGGCUGAGGCUAUUCUCCACCGAUAAUGAAGUCCAUUGAUCCUAUACUCCACUGAUGAUAAGUCUGUUAAGCAUCGAUUUGGGCCAAUUUAUUUUCAGAUGGAAUUUUUCGUAAUUUCUUGUGUGACGAAAGGCCAUUUUCAUUGGCUAUUGAAGGCUACAAAUCACGGAUUCGGCUUGAGGCUAUUCUCCAACAAUGAUUGAGUCCCUUAAACACAGAUUUGGGCGGAUUUAUUCCGGGUCAAUUUUUGGCAGAUUCCAAAGGGGUACCAUCACAGAUUUCGGGCGAUUUAUCGGAAUGUCAUUUUCUUUCAAUUCUGGAGGCUACAAAUCACGGAAUCAGGCCGAGACUAAUCUACACCGAUAAUGAAGUUUAUUGAUCCUAUUCUCCACGGAUGAUAAGUCCGUUAAGCAUCGAUUUUGGCCAAUUUAUCUUUGGAUGGCAUUUCCGUAAUUUAUAGGGCGACGAAGGCCAUUUUCAUUGGAUAUUGAAGUCUACAGAUCACGGAUUCGGCCUGAGUCUAUUCUCCAACAAUGAUUGAGUCCAUUAAGCACUGAUUUGGGCGGAUUUAUUCCGGGUCAAUUUUUGGCAGAUUCCAAAGGGGGUACCAUCACAGAUUUCGGGCGAUUUAUCCGAAAUGCCAUUUUCUUUUGAUUCUGGAGGCUACAGAUCACGGAAUCAGGCCGAGGCUAUUCUCCACCGAUAAUGAAUUCUAUUGAUCCUA